UCUCUUGUCUGUGCUCUCUCUCGUCCCCGCCCUCUUUCUCUCUCCGUCUCUCUCUCACUUUCUCUCUCUCUCCCCCUCCCUCUCUCCCCUCUUUCUGUCUCCACCUGUUGACUCCAUUGUUGAAUCGAUGGCAUUGUGCCUCCUUAUUCUUCUCCUCCACUCACUUUACACUCCACUCUUUUAUUGCCAUGCUCUUUUCUCUGUCUGAGAGGAUAUAAGGAGGCAGGCUGGAGAGAGAGGAUCAGAAUCAAAGCAGCACCACAGAGGAACACACACACACACAUACACACACACACUCAUACACAUACAUUCAUAUACAUAUAUACACAUACACACAACAUACUUACUAUAUGUGCACACUUAACACCAGCAGUUAAUGCAGUGAUAGUCCUCAGUGCAUCAGCAGUCGCUUACUCAAACACACUCAAACACACACUUAAACACACACUUACAUCUUCACAUCUUCAUAUUUGGAGCUUCAAGGCAGGAGCAACAGGUGUGGAGGAGAGUGGUGGACAUCAUUCAAGAGCAGGUACAGGCAUGUCUGUGUCUCUGUGGUGUGAGGAGGAGGAGGAUGUUCAGCCUGUUGGUCACAGAGAAUCAGCUUCAGUCCGAGCCCCCCGAGACCCCAACGCUUCCGGCCUGAGAGUCAUCCACGGCCUCCUGCGCUCGCAAGACAGAUACCUCCCCUCUCCACUCUACACCUCACUCAUCCAGAGAGACCCCAAACGCAGAGAGGAACUGGCCAAGUGGACCCUGGAGGUGUGCUGUGACUGUGGCAGUGAUGAGUCUGUGUUUCCGCUGUCUGUCUCUCUGCUGGACCGUUAUCUGUCUGUGACGCUGGCUCUGCCGGCCUCUCCGUACUGUCUGGCCGCUGCCUGUAUCCUGGUGGCCUCUAAGUUGGUGGAGAGUGAGCCGGUCAGUGCAGACACUCUGUGUGCUGCAGCCGAGUACGAGUUCAUGUCCUCAAACCUCAGGGAGAUGGAGCGUGUGCUGCUGGGAACUCUAAGGUGGGACGUAGCUGCAGUGACCCCUCAGGACUUCAUCCCUCACUUCUUAUCCUGCCUGGAGGAGCUGGAGGGAGACAACACAGAGAGAGACUUCAUCUCCACCCUCAGACGACACAGCGACACUCUGACGGCCAUGUGUGUGUGCGACUCUCGCUUUCUGGGCACUCCGGCCUCUCUGGUGUCUGCAGCGGCCAUCAACUCAGCCAUCCGGGGACUAGAGUCGAAAAGCCAGAGAGAAAUGAGUCACAUGACCUUCACCCUGGCUGCGCUCUGUCAGACUGAUGUGGCCGUGCUGCAGUGCUACAGUGAGCUGAUAGAGGAUGCUCUCAGUGAGAGACUGAGGUCCAGCCAGGAGGAGGAGGGGCAGAAAGAAGGAGGGAUGGAGGACGAAAGGUCGAGCACACCCACCGACCUGAGAGAGAUAGACUUUUAAUACACAGGAAAAGAAGCCAUUUAAAGUUCAACUGCAGUCUUCCUCAGAGUCAUCAGUGAAACUGAUGUAAACCCGCGUUCUGAAUGCUGUCUUAUCAUAUUAUUUAAUUCUUAUUUAAUAUUGACUGUUAUUUAUUUGUUUUGAGGUAUUACUGUGCCAUAUUUCUAUUUUAUUGCCGUCACUGUGAUGAUUUUUUAUUAUUAUUCUACUUACCUUUGUGUUGUGUUGUUGUGUGGCAUUUUUGCUGUGUGAGGGUCUCUGUUCUGAUAUGUACUGUUAAUUUAUUAAUUAUCAAUUUAUUUAUUCUGUGGAUGCAAUUUUAAUUUAUUUUAUUUGCAAUUAUUUACUUGAUAUGACAGUGUCCAGUGAAAAAUAUAUUUCAAUUAAAUCAUAUUUUUUAUCUAUUUUCAAUUAAAUAAUAUUGAGAAAUA